GCGGGAGAUGAAAAAGAGAGCCGCUCGACCCGAAGGAAGACUGAGUCUCCUUGGCUUGCGUUGAGGCGGGUAUUGCCGAGAGGCGGGUUGGCUGCGCCGCGGAACAGGGAACUAGAGGAAAGGCUUGUCAACCUGCCUCAGCUUGAAUAGUUCCUAAAGUUCCUAAUGCCACUGCCAGUGGCUCUGCAGUCCCGCCUGGCAAGGCGAGGACUCUUGAAGCAUGUAGAAGAGCCUGAGCCAGAGGAAGAAAUUAUCGCAGAAGAUUAUGAUGACGACCACAUCGAUUACGAAGCUACCAGGAUUGAGAACCUGCCACCGAACUGGUACAAAGUCCUCGACCCUGCCUGCGGCCUCCCUUACUAUUGGAACAUAAAGACAGACCUGGUUUCGUGGCUGUCGCCCAAUGAUCCCAGCUCAGUGGUGACCAAAGCAGCUAAGAAACUGAAGAGCAAUUUAGACUCCGAGGAGAAAAUGGAGCACUCGUUGCAUGAGAAGGUGGAGCGGGAAGAGUUGAAGGAGCGCCGCUACCACAGACGGGAGGAGCUGGCCCCCUACCCCAAGAGCAAGAAGCCAAGCCGGAAGGAUGAAGAACUUGAUCCCAUGGACCCCAGUGCUUACUCUGAUGCUCCCCGGGGAACCUGGUCCACUGGGCUGCCCAAACGAAACGAAGCCAAGACUGGCGCAGAUACCACGGCAGCUGGCCCACUCUUCCAGCAGCGCCCCUACCCAAGCCCUGGUGCAGUUUUGCGCGCUAAUGCGGAAGCUUCGCGGGCCAAGCAGCAGGACUGAGAUGUUCAUUCUUCCCUUCCCUAAUGUAUUUGAUAAUAAAGCUAGAGGAAAACAA